UCGAGCUGAGCGCAGCAAUCCAAGAACGAGAGAGAGAGAGAGAGAGAGAGAGAGAGAGAGAGAGAGAGAGCAAUCCAAGAACGAGAGAGGCGGGGGAUGGCGCCGAAGAGGGAGCUGCUGCUGGUGAGGAGGGGGUCGGAGAAGCGCCUCCGGGUGACGCUCCCCGGCUCCGCCGCCGUGGGGACGGCGCCGCCGUCGCCGGCGACGCGGAUGCUGCGCAAGAUCGUGCUCGUGUUGCUCUUCCUGCUGCGGAUGAGCGAGAGGGUAACAAUGGUGCAGAACAUCUCCAAGAUUGGCCGCAUGGUUCAGAAACUUCAUAAUGUUCAGGGUGUUAUUAUUAGAAAAUUGGAAAAAUUGGAUAAAAUGCAGGAGCAAAUAGAGGAUAUCAGCCAUGAAGUGAAACAACUGAAGCUUCUGUAUUCCAAUCGUCAUGCUGAUAUACACCCAGGACUGGAGCCAAACCAGGAGCAGACCACUGCCACUGGAUCAAACACAAAUGUUCAGCUUCGUUUCUUGAAUAGUCUGAAGACUCCUAUUUACACUGAGAAGGACAUAACAGCUGAGAGCAAUGAAGCUAUCAGAAUAGGUAUCUUUGAAGGUGACAACAUGGUCACAGAUGGCCCACUUUCCAAGGUGAAAGUUGAGAUCGUAAUUCUCCGGGGUGAUUUCUCCAAUGAUGGACGGGUGAGCUGGACUGAAGAGCAGUUCAACAGCCACAUAGUGCAAGGUCGGAAUGGGCAAGGAUUCGUGUUGGGCGGUGAUUGCUGUAUAUGGUUGAAAAAUGGAGAAAACUGUUUGAGCAAGAUCCGUUUCAAAGAAGGAUCUUCCAGGACUCGCAGUCGGAUGUUCAUCAUGGGGGCAAGAGUACCUAAGAGUGAAAACAUUGGUAUUCGAGUUCAGGAAGCUGUCAUGAAGCCAGUUACCGUAUUGGAUCGCAGAAAUGAAGCAAACGAGAAAAGGUAUCCCCCAAAGUUGGAUGAUGAAGUGUUUCGCUUGGAGGAAAUAUCCAAAGAUGGAAGUUACCACAAGAGGCUUAAGAAUGCUAAAAUCUUCACAGUGCGUGAUUUCUUGAAGGCUUUGAACACAAAUGACAAGAAGCUCCGUGAAGAAGUUCUCCAGAUGAACAAGAAAACAAACUCAUGGGAUAAAAUGGUUCGGCAUGCCAAGGGGUGCUGUCUCAGGGACCAGCUUGAGCUGAAAGCAUAUCGAAGUGAAGAAGAAAAUGUGACACUUUUCUUCAACUGUGUGCAUCAACUUGUUGGAGCAGUAUUUGGUUAUGAUUAUGUCAUCUAUGACAAUUUUGAUCCAGCCCAAAAGAUUAUAGUGAAUAAACUGAAAGACAAUGCCCAUGCUAAAUUGGAGGACACUUCAUCUGAUUAUGUGUUGAAAAACAACAUUCCUGAACUGGUCAUUACAACUCCAGCAACUGUUGCAGGCCCAUUAAACCAUUAUGAUCAUGAGAUGCGUCAUCAAGGAAAUGUAGCAGCUGAAACCGUGUGCAAUGGUCAGACGUUUUACCCGAAUCCAAGCUGUGACUGCAGCACCUCUAAUUAUAAUGAUGUGAGCACACAUGAUUAUCGAGAUCAAGAAACUAUGCUGCUUCCUGAUUGGCAACUAGAUGAACUCCUCAAUGAAAGCAUGCCUCCUGCAGGAUGGAUGGCGGCGCCGCAAUCUCAUGUUUAUCAACACGGACAGGACCCAAGCAGACUUCCAUUUCCAGGAUCAGGGCAUAACAGCAACUGUUAGUAACAGCUGACAGAGUGACAGUUCAGUUCUGGAUUGCUGCACUGCUCUGUUGUCAGGUCUCUCGUCAGUGUAGUGUACAGAUUUGCAGGAUGCAGUUCUGAUUUAGGUUGUGUACUGUCUCUACCCAUGGUGCGUCAUUAUUGAACAUUGAUGUAGUGUAUAGCUGUAAUAACCAUGUAGGUGUCCGUCUGCGGCACAAAAGAUAAGAAAGGUCUGAUGUAAUUUUAGCGAAGGUCAUUUAUAUGUAUAAAUAUGGUCUUUAUUCUUUAAUUUGACUGUAUCUUCUUGCAAAUUUGCAAUAGCAUCAUGGGUCUAUAUUAAUGUUGUGCCACUCUCUCCGUCUCAAAAUGCAGCUACUUAUGAUAGGAUUUGACCCAUCCUAAGAGUAUGAG